AUGGUGUCAACUCACUCUGACGCCAAUACUAUCACUGACCAGGCCGGUGCAACUGGUUCUAAGAAACAUUCUAUCGAACUCAACAAUAUCGACAACAGCGCACCCGCUGAGGUAGACCAUGAGAAGUCUCAGGCACUAGCACUAGAACCCAUCUAUACAACAGAAGAGACUCAUGUAUAUCCUACGGGAACUGUCUUGUUCUCGAUUGUUGUGGCCUUAGUGUUGGCUAUCUUCUUAGUUGCUCUCGACCGUACAAUUAUCUCAACUGCUAUCCCUCAGAUCACAAAUGAAUUUAAUUCCUUGGGAGAUGUCGGUUGGUAUGGUUCUGCUUAUCUUAUCACUGGUUGUGGUUUUAUGCCCCUCUCUGGAAAAAUCUAUACAUUCUAUCCAACAAAAUGGGUAUUCCUUGCUCAAAUUGUUUUCUUCGAAGUUGGAUCAGCUCUCUGUGGCUGGGCUCCUGAUUCUACAUCUUUUAUCGUUGGCAGAGCUAUUGCCGGUGCUGGUAGCUCCGGUAUUUUCACAGGUGCUAUUGUAAUGCUCACAGACGCAGUUCCUCUACACAAGCGAAGCACCUUCAUGGGGGCUUUUGGUGGUGUUUUCGGUGUAUCUGGUGUCAUCGGACCCAUCAUGGGAGGCGCAUUCGCUCAACAUGCCACCUGGAGGUGGAGUUUCUGGAUCAAUCUUCCUAUCGGCGCCGUCGCUUUCAUCAUCAUUUUGCUGAUCAUAAAGGCCCACCCGGUUCAGAAUAACCUCACCCUUGUAGAACGAAUCAAGCAGCUCGACCCUAUCGGUACCGUUAUCUUUCUUCCAAGUAUGAUUUGUCUCCUUUUAGCCCUUCAAUGGGGUGGUACUGAAUACGCAUGGUCAUCUGGCCGAAUCAUCGCCCUCCUUGUCGUCUUCGCUGUUACUAUCAUAAUCUUUAUUGGUGUCCAAAUCUGGAAGAAAGAUGAGGCCACGAUGCCUCCCAGAAUAGUUUCCCAACGUUCUAUCGCCUUCGGCAUGUGGUUCGCUUUCUGUGCCGGUGGUGGUAUGAUGUUGUUCAUCUACUAUCUUCCCAUUUGGUUCCAAGCUAUCCAAGGUGUCAACGCCACGGACUCUGGUGUUCGCCUCAUCCCUAUGGUUUUGACCCUGGUUGUGGGUACCUUUGUUGCUGGAGGAGUUGUUCGCGCAUUCGGAUACUAUACUCCCUUCAUGAUCGCUGGAGCCGUUCUUACGUCUAUCGGGGCCGGCCUCCUUACCACCCUCACACCAUCAGCUAGUGCUGGCAAAUGGAUUGGCUUUCAAGUCUUGUACGGUUUUGGUCUUGGCCUCGGUAUGCAGCAACCUGCUAUUGCCGCUCAAGCCGUCUUGGAGCGCAAGGACGUCCCUGUCGGAACUUCAAUGAUCAUGUUCUCUCAGAUUCUCGGUGGCGCCGUCUUCAUCGCUGUCGGACAGAGUAGUUUUGUGAACAAACUUGUCAAAGGUUUGAUUCAGAUCAAUGCUGAAGGAUUUGAUGCGUCGAAGGCCAUCCACACUGGUGCUACACAUUUGAAGGAAGUCAUUGCGCCACAGUAUUUGCCACAAGUUUGGGAGGCGUAUAAUACUGCUAUUGUCAACGUGUUUUAUGUUGCGGUCGCACUAUGUUGUGCUAGUUUGAUUGGAGCGUUGGGGAUGGAAUGGGUAAGCACGAGGAAGCAUGUUGAUGCUCCAAAGAAUAAAGAGCAAUCUGGUGAACAGAAGGUUUAG